CCGGUUUGCUCGGUGAGGCUCGCACUCGGCUCUUCAAGCAAUUUGAUUUGAUCGAUUCGAGAGCGCGGUGCUCACUGCCGCCUGUGGCAAAGCUGCUUUUCGAGGUACGGCUUCUUUCUCUUCCAGACCCAUCUUUGACACCGACCACCGCACCAACGCACACAUCUCCCUUGACAUUCUCUUCCUCUCGCUGAUGCGACCGAGUGCCUGAUGUCCGAUUCCUCAAAAGACGUGAACUCCAUCACCCUGAAUAGCGCGAGCAUCUCGCUCCAUUCGACGAAUGAGGCGGACGAACCCCAGGACAAUACCAGUUACCCUAUUGCUGCACGGAGCCCUCAACAGCAGCAACUGUCCAGAACCGGUAUUGACCAACAGCACCAUUCGGAACCCAGCAGAAAUAACCCACAGGGCCACAGCGGUAUCCUACAGGAAGCUAAUGAUUCGCAGUUGAGCACUGCUGACCAGCCUCCAAAGGACGCAUGGGCGGAUCAGGGUCAUUUUCCACUACUCCUGGGCGACAUCUCCUGCCGAUCGAUACCCAUUCGCGGAGGGGCCACUGUCGUCCUUUCCGGCGUUAACUUUCGAGAGGGAGUCGAGGUCUUAUUCGAGUGCGCUACCUUGAAUCUCAAGCCCAAGAAGGUUACGCCGAAAGUCCUGAAAAGCACAGAGAUGGAGCUCGUCAGCCCUAAUCUGCUGGACUGGUGGACCACAGCGAAUAAUGCUCGCCCAUGCAGGGAGCUGUGCCUGUCUAUUACCUUGCUAUGCGCUGGCGCAAAAGCCGAGGAGGACAUUGACACGACAUUGGAAGUGGUCGCUACAGAAGAAUCCGAAAUCGACCUACUCCAUGUUAUUAUCGGACUACAUCGUCAACUGGUCAAAGCGAGCCUCAGCAGCACCCUAGACCAUGAAACGGAAAACAUUACACGACAACGAACAUUGACUUUGCUAAAACUGGAGCAACCGCCUAGUGUCACACGAACUGAGCACCUUGCGCUGGGCGUCAUCUACAUGCUUUGCGCCGGACAUGAUCACGUCUCUGCAGAGGGCAUGGAGGUCAUCCUUGCGACUACUGUGGACGGACAUGACAUGCUACACUUGGCCGUCAUCCAGGGUCAGACAACGCUGGUCAGGGAAAUUGCCCGACACUUGCUUUCGUGGUUUCAGAGUCGUUCGAUCAUGGAGGAAAGUGAGCUGCUUGCAAAGGACCCCAAUGGAAAGACAGCCCUCGAUUUUGCAAGGAUUCUUGGGUACAGGGAGAUUGAAGAAGUUCUUGAAGAAACAGUAGAGGUGGCGCAAGAGUUCAAGCGUUCCGCCCUGCAGGCAACUCGGCGACCCCUACCAACAUUGCCCGCCAGAGGUCGCUUGGGGUCGACAGCAGGUAGCACAGGAAGCACUAGGAGCGAUCAGUCUACUCUUGUCCCUCCUAUCCCAGUCCAAGUUGCGAAUCGACCCUUGCCACCAACGCCGCUGACCUCGCCAUACCAAGAGGAAGGAUCUGAUACUUAUCAACCGCUAUCAUACUUUCCGGUGGCAUCAGCAGAAGGCAGCACCAUAAGUUCACCGGAGCUCCGCGCCGCGUCCCACGAACCUACUGCACCAACAGGUCCAGCUCAUUCACCAGCGCAAAGGAUCCAGACAGCACAGGCGAUUAUCGAGGACGAUGGCACGUCCCAGACGGUCUACGAGAGCUCGUCCGCUUACUCCAAUACUGUGCAAUAUGGAAUACCGACCAUGGCAACAGAGAGCAUUGCAGCAUCUUACCAUGGACAGCAGAACCCACUGCAUGAGCAACAUGCUGGACAGCAACAUCACUUCUACCAACAGCCGCAGCCGCACCAGACAUAUCCCUUUCUCUCGCAAUCCCCUACGUCAUCGGCUGCCUAUACCUUUAACCCGCACAGUAUUCCGCCGCCGCGAGCCAACACUGCACCACUUUCACAUAUAAGCAACAGUCCGCAGGGUCAGCAUUCGGCCCAGGCGGCUUACCUGGCGUCCGAGGCCCUAUUCCGUGAAUUACCUGCUGCUCCAUCUUCAUCGGGUGCUCCACUGCCUCCGCCCAAGCACAUUGUCACAAGAGUAAACCGGCCGAAACAGUUCACGGUUCCAUCAAGCGGCAGUAGUCCUUCGGCACACUCGCCGCCCUUGCCGCAAGCAUAUACAUCCUCACCUCCACAUUCUGGGCAUGCACAUCAGCCAGGCAUACCCUUGCCACAAUACCCAGGGCCAAUGCAGCACCACCCUAUCCCUUCGACGGUGCCUUUGUCCCAACAUCCCAUGCCUAUACCGAUACAGCAUCACUACCCUAUGCCCAUGUCGAUGCAUCCGAUACAGCAUCACCCUAUAUCCGGUCCUAUGCCUAUACCAAUGCCGAUGCAUCAACACUCAUUGCCAGCCCCGAUGCCCAUACCGAUGCCGAUGCAGCAGCACCAGCCAACUCCUACACAUGCCUAUAUCCAGAGCGGUGAGGCGCACUUAUAUAGACACGGACACCCCACGCAGGCCGAGGACGGCCAGAUUAAAGUCCAUGUUGGCUAAGAGCUGGCAUGCAUUUAUUUGCAGCUGUGAGCGGCGAUGACUGCAUAUUGACGUCCAUGUCAGUGCACCUCCGACAAAAUUGUUCGAUGAGCCCA